AGAAUUUGAUGCAUUAUGGAGACCCCCCACAUACACUCUGCGGAAACUGGGACCCAGGCCAAAUAUCCUGAUAUUGUAACACUUCCUGAAGGACCAUCUGGAGAUUACCUGGUUAUAAGGAGCCCUGAACUUUCUGGGUUUGAGUUAAUGAUUGUUUGGAAAAUAUACGUGGAUGAAGAAGGGAGAGUUACACCUGUCCUGGAUCUUCUGCCUAGAAUACCAGUGCAAGCCCUGCAGGAUAAGAAAGCAGCUAUUGAAAAUGGACCCCAGUGCUUCAGAAAUAUGCUCCUUUUGCUGGGGAUUGAGGCCUCCAUUGAAAGUCUGAUCAAAUCAGUUGGCAUGAAGAAAUGAAUACCACUUACAAAACUUAUAACUAGUAGAAAUUUGGAAAUUCUUUUAAUUAUGAUAUUGAGUUAUGCAGUCUAUAAUUUUAUUGAAUAUAAACAUUAAGUUAUUUUCCAUUUAAAAACCAUACCCAUAAAACAUGCUAUCUGUACAAUUAUGGCACGUUAUAUAUAAAUUGUCAUGACAUGAAAAAUAAAUACAGCAAUUUAAAUACAAAAAUGCCAAAUAAAAUAAUUACAGAGUGAA